CGUCGCCCUAAGGCGCGCCGCGGCCUCCUUCCAAAACCCGGAGAAGUGGAUUCUGCGCUCCGCACGGCCUUUCCUAACCGUGGUGUGGCCGAGCGGGUCCAGGCUUGUCGGCAGGAAACUGGGCCCAGCGCCUGGAGGGGGAAGGCGGCCCCGAGCGGGAGCGGACGCGCCGCAGGCCUGCGCGAGUGAGCGUGCCGCGGGCCCCGGCCGCUCGGGCCUCCUUCCCGUCGUGCUCCCUUGCCUCUGGGACGCGGGGCGCUAGGCCGCGGCGAAUAUCAGAGGAUGUUUGUUCCAAGAUCUCUAAAAAUCAAGAGGAAUGCUAAUGAUGACAGCAAAAGUUGUGCAGCUAAGAAAAUUAAAUCAGAUGCAGAAGACCUUCAGCUGGAUGAAGGCAGAGAUGAUUCAACUGAUGCUUUAGUUACAAAAGAAGCCACGACGUCAGACAGGCCCAGCACAGAACCAUGCCCUUUCCCCAGCACAGCUGGCCAGUUGGCUGAGGUUUGUUUGGUUGGACCUGAGCAGGACGCAAAGGAUAGCGAUCUUUCUGAAGAGCCUGUAAAGUCAUUUUCCAAAACACAGCGCUGGGCAGAACCUGGAGAACCUGUCUGUGUUGUUUGUGGUCGUUAUGGAGAGUAUAUCUGCGAUAAGACAGACGAAGAUGUGUGUAGUUUGGAGUGUAAAGCCAAACAUCUUCUGCAAGUAAAGGAAAAGGAAGAGAGAUUAAAACUCAGCAGUCCUCAGAAAGCUGAUUCUGAGCCCGAGGCUCCACUUAAUGCUUUUUAUGUCUAUAAAGAGCACCCCUUUAUUUUGAACCUUCAGGAAGACCAGAUUGAAAAUCUUAAACGGCAGCUAGGAAUUGUAGUUCAAGGGCAAGAUGUCACCAGACCUAUUAUUGACUUUGAGCAUUGUGGUUUCCCUGAGGCCUUAAAUCUCAACUUGAAGAAAUCGGGCUAUGAAGUUCCAACCCCCAUCCAAAUGCAGAUGAUUCCUGUAGGACUCCUGGGAAGAGACAUUCUGGCCAGUGCGGAUACUGGCUCAGGAAAAACAGCCGCUUUUCUUCUUCCUGUUAUCACUCGAGCUUUAUGUGAGAGCAAAACUCCAUCUGCACUCAUUCUUACACCAACAAGAGAAUUAGCCAUUCAGAUAGAGAGCCAAGCUAAAGAAUUGAUGAGUGGUCUGCCACGCAUGAAAACUGUGCUUCUGGUAGGGGGCUUACCCUUACCUCCACAGCUUUAUCGUUUGCGACAACAUGUUAAGGUUAUCAUUGCAACUCCUGGGCGACUUCUGGAUAUAAUAAAACAGAGCUCUGUAGAACUCCGUGGUAUAAAAAUUGUAGUAGUAGAUGAAGCUGAUACCAUGUUAAAGAUGGGCUUUCAACAGCAAGUGCUUGACAUUUUGGAAAACGUUCCUAAUGAUUGUCAGACCAUUUUGGUUUCAGCUACAAUUCCAGCUAGCAUAGAACAACUAGGAAGCCAGCUUCUGCAUAAUCCUGUGAGAAUUAUCACUGGGGAAAAGAACCUGCCUUGUUCCAGUGUGCGCCAGAUUAUUUUGUGGGUAGAAGAACCAGCCAAAAAGAAAAAAUUGUUUGAAAUCUUAAAUGAUAGGAAACUCUUCAAGCCUCCAGUGUUAGUAUUUGUGGACUGCAAGCUGGGAGCAGAUCUGCUGAGUGAGGCAGUGCAGAAAAUCACUGGUCUAAAAAGUGUGUCUAUACAUUCGGAGAAGUCACAAACAGAAAGGAAAAACAUUUUGAAGGGAUUACUUGAAGGAGACUAUGAAGUUGUGGUGAGCACCGGAGUCCUGGGACGAGGCCUGGACUUGAUCAGUGUCAGGCUGGUUGUCAAUUUCGAUAUGCCUUCAAGUAUGGAUGAGUACGUGCAUCAGGUUGGAAGAGUGGGGAGAUUAGGCCAAAAUGGAACAGCGAUUACUUUCAUCAAUAACAAUUCAAAAAGACUCUUCUGGGAUAUUGCAAAAAGAGUAAAACCCACAGGAUCCAUUCUUCCCCCACAGUUACUAAACUCCCCUUACCUUCACGACCAGAAAAGAAAGGAACAACAGAAAGAUAAACAGACACAGAAUGAUCUGGUUACAGGUGCUAAUCUUAUGGACAUUAUUAGAAAACAUGAUAAAAGUAAUUCUCAAAAAUGACUUGUUAUACCACUGAACAAUUUUUUAUUGUGUAUGUUGUCCAUGAAAUUUCUGUAUCUUAUUACUGUAUGGUUCGAAUCAAUGGGACAUGUACAUGAAGCAAAAAAAAUUUAACAUAAUUUAAAUUUUUUUAAUUGAAUAUCAGAUUUAUACCACAGUAUUAUAUUUAUUUCCCUUUAGCUCUCAUAUAUUAAGAAAAAAUCGGAAAAUGAAUUGCUAAAUAAAAUAAAUUUUUUCUGUCUAGACAAAGCCUUUUUUUUUCCCCCAGUACUCUUGGAGCUGCUGUCAGAGCUGGACACCUGCACAGCGAGCAGUCAGACUCAGAAUGGUGAUAGUUUUGUUUAGUGUCCCCAGAGCACUGUGGGCACAUUGGCACUUGGGUCAUUGUUGAAUAAAUGAAUGUUAGGAAGAAAGUAAAUGAUGAAACUGGAAGAAAUGAUUGGUGCUUCUUUAAAAGAUCAGUGUGAAAUAUGUUUUAUUCUCAGUUGUUUUCCCUUCAGCUUGGUAAACAUUUUUUAAUAUAA